AUGUUAAAUAAAGCUCUUCGUAUUCCUGCAGCUGAUGUUUUAUAUAAACUUCGUUUAUUUAUUCAAGAUUUAUUUCAUCAAAUUCAAAAUGAAUCAGUAUCAGAUUCAAUAACAGUUUAUCUUGGACAAAUAAUUCAAAGAGAUGACUUUGCUAUUUUGCAAAAAGCUUUUUCAAAUAAUAAUCUCAUUGCAUUUUCUCAAUUUUUAUUUUGUUCGACGGAUCAACUACGAGCUAUUUGUGUUGCUAAAAGACUAUCGCCUUUAAAUGAUAAUUUUAUGUCAAUUAUUAUUCAUAUUGAUAUGCCAGCAAAUACGAAAUGCGCCACUAUAAGUUCAUGCCGAUAUUUCAUUGAUAAUGGUAAAGAUGUUUUAUUAAAUAUGAGUACUAUGGCACGUAUCGUUAAAGUUGAAAAAGAAAGUUUGAAGGAAAAUCAAAUAGCUUCAAUAUAUUCAACAUUAGUUCUAAGUGAGAGUCAACAAAAUAUUGAACAGAUACUUGAAUCGAAAAGAACUGAGAUCAAAAGUUUUGUUCCAUUGAUUAGCUUGAUAAAGUUAAUGGUUCUAAUGAAUCAACAAAUAGCUGCUGAACACGUAGUUGAAACAAUGUUUAAUGAUGAUACUUCAAAAGAAAACAGUACUACUCAAGCUGAAAUAGCUGCGUGUUGUUAUUGCCUCACUACUUCCUGCCAUGCAUCCCUUAGCAUUAUGUCACCAAAUGCUUUCGAAUUAUCUUCACUUUACGCUAGCAUCGGUGCAAUGUAUUUGCGUCUAGAUACUUAUGAAAAAUGCCAUGAAUACUAUCAAAAAGCACUUGAUUCACAACUGGAUUCAAAUAAUCCAGACUUGAAUUGUAUUAGUAGUCAUACAAAUAAUAUAGGCAUUAUUUUCUUAAAACAAGGAAAACAUUCCGAUGCUAUUUCAUCAUUUCAACGUACUUUAAAAAUUCUUCAACAAAUAACUGAACCACAUGAUACUGAACUUGCAUUGGCUUAUGAUCAUAUAGGUGAUGCAUAUCUAUCACAAUUUAAAUACGAAGAAGCUUUAAAUAAUUAUAAUAAAUCACUUGAAAUUCAAGAACACAUUUUACCACGUAAUCUUAGUGCAUUGAGCUCAGUCAAUGAUACCCUUGGAAAUGUUUAUUUAAAACUUGGUCGAUCUCGUGAAGCAUUAACGAAUUGUAAACGUUCUUUAGAAUAUCAAAAAGAAUAUAUGCUAGUAGCGCAUUCAUCAUUUGCUGUACUUUAUAAUAAUAUUGAUUUAAUGUAUUAUCGUGAAGAACAAUAUUUAGAAGCAUUAGAAAAUUAUUGUAAAAGUCUUGAAAUUGCAUCAAUAUCAUUACGACAAAAAUCAUUCAUUAAUUGCUAUAGCACUAUCUAA